AUGAACAAAGAAUCUCGCUAUGCAUAUGUAACAAUUCAAAUUAAUUUGACUAGACAAAAUCGUCCAUGUCUCCAAAUAAGAAUCAAAGAUCUUCUGAAGCUAAUGCCACCUACUCUACAGGUUUUUCCAAAAAAACAACAAACAAGGCACCUCAAUCGAAUCAAACACCAAUAUCUAGUUAAUUGCCAGAAAUUACAAAAAAGAAAACUAAAAAUGACAUACUCUGCUAUUCUUAAGAGUUUCAAGAUAUACUUCAGGUUGAAAUAGAUGAGAGGUAAAGGUUUACUACUAAAUUGAAGGUAUCGAUAUUUGGUUAAAAAUGGAACAAUCAAAAAGAUUGAGAAUGGAGGAAACAUUAUCUUCUCUGAAUUAUAAUAAAUACCUGGCAUUUGGGUUUGCUACAGACGACCCACGGAAAGAUCCAAUAACUUAGAAAAAUUAAGCCUUGAUUAUUUAGAUUUGACUCAUAUGCCAUUAUUGGAAGGAGAAGAAAAGCUAAAAAUUCUAACCUAUCAACAUAACAGAAUAUAAUCAAUCCAAAAUCUUGUUUCAUUACCAAAUUUAUUAUAUCUAGACUUGUAUGACAAUUAACUUAAAGAAAUUGAUGAAUUAAAAUAAGUUUAAAAAUUGAAAGUGCUAUUGCUACCAAAAAAUUAAAUCAGACGAAUACAAAACUUAGAUUAUCUCACCAAAUUAGAAGUCCUGGACUUACAUAGCAAUCGUAUUGUUAAUUUAGAAGGAUUAAGUAAAUUGAAAAGUCUCAAAAUUUUGAAUGUUGGCAACAACCUAAUCACAAAAUUGGAAGCACUUGAAGAAUUAAAUUCUUUAAUUGAAUUAAACAUUAAAAUGAAUUAAAUUGAGAGUAUAGAUCACUUAUAAGGUAGAUUAAUAUAUUUAAUUUUAGUCCUCCCUUAAUUAUAAAAAUUAUUUAUGUCUUAAAACAAAAUAAACACUUUCCCUUGCAUUUUCAACCUGUUUGAAUUAUCACUUGAAAACAAUCCAAUUUAAACUAAUAAAUCUGAUUAUUUUAGAUAUAUCUGCUAGACUUUUGAGACAUUAAAAAUUUUAGACGGGAAACCUAUGGAUUAGAUUAAAUAAGAAAUUUUGUAAGAAAUUUUGUUUGCUGAAAUACCAAAAACUGAACCAAUCAAAAAGAAAUCUGUCAACCAACAACCACAAUAAUAAUAGCAGAUAUAACAAAAGCCAAAAAAGCCCAAUUAAAUGGGCCUAGAAGUUCAUGGAGUGGCUUCAGAGUUUAAAACAAAGGAGGAUAUCGUUCCUUUUGGCUAAAUUAAAAAGGACCCAAUAGCUUAUAAAAAUUCUUUAGGGUAAUAAUAAAGUUCGUAGUAACAACCCUUAAGAGAAACAAUACCAAGUAUAAAGAACUCUUUGACAAAUACUGCGGCUGCUUAAGAAGAUGAUAUCUUAGUAUUGAUUAAAAAAUAAUGGACAGCAGAAUAUAGAAGAAUUUAAAUGUUAGAAAAAAUUAAUUAAUUUAAUAAGAAGUGCUGUUUAGAACAUUAACUUGUAGAAGGAGGACAUGCUGAAGUUGAGGAUGUAUACCAUUGUGUAUAAUAUUUAGGAUGUCUUUUUGCUGAUUUUUGGCACAGCUUCAGCUAUGUUAUUACCAAGUUAAAAUUUUAGUUAAACUAUUGAAAAAAUCCAUUUUCAAUAUGUAUUUUUUGAUUCAAUCAUUGACACAUAAUUGUCGAUACUACAAGAUUAUUAAAAAUUAAGAGAAUUAAUUUUAAAGGAUAAUUACAUAAAUACUCUAUUACAAUUAGCCAAAUUAGUAGUAAAUUAUAGAUUUCAUAUCAAAGCAUUUAAAUGAAAUUCAAAAAUUAACAAUACUAAACAAUCCAAUUAAUAAUUGCUCAUUCAUGUUUUAAUUUUUGGUUUAUAGGUUUCCAUUCAUGAUUUCAAUUAAUGGGAAAGAUAUCAAAAAUGAUGAUAGGCAAAAAGUAUAUUAUGAUUUAUUAUUUAGGCAAAAUAAUUGUUCUCCAAUUUUGACAAAUCAUUGUAGAUUCCAGAAAAAUUGUAAAAUUUUGAAAAUAUACUACAGCUAAGGAGUUUCUAGAUGGAUAGAUCCUAUAUCAAACAAUUUCAUAAAUGUUUGAAUGAUGUUUCAAAUCAAUAAAAGAUUUUGUAUCAAUUUCGAAAGACUGUAAUAUUUGUUUAUUAAUAAUAAGUUUGACAAUACUUAUGAAGAAUACUUGAUUUAAUUAAUUCAAUAAUGUAAAGAGAAAGAAAAAUGA